UUUCAAUUAGCCUAAACCCCACAACCCCACAAGCAAUUCUUGAAUUUUUUUGCUCAAUUUUUGUCCUUAUGGCAUGUUUUUAGUACUAGUAGAAGCAUAGUGAAGAUUUAGUACUCCAUUUUUUUGAACCCCUCAAGCAAUUCUUGAAUUUUUUUGGUCAAUUUUGGUCCAUAUGACAUGUUUUUUUUAGUAAUAGAAGCAUAUUUUGUAUUGUUCUAAUAUUUGUUUGAUCCUUUAAGUAUAUAUAUUGAUACUCGUUCUGAAUUCACUGACUCUAAAUCUUGAAUUUGCGCGUCUGAACAAUUGAAAUGCCAUUUCCAAGGAAAGCAUUUUCAUUGCUUUUAAGUUCCUCUGCUUCUGCUUCACCUUCUCAUGAGUCUCCCAAGACUUAUGGAGGUGGAGGAGGAAGGAGGCUUACUCGUGUACGUAAAUUGAGACAUGUUGGUGAUGAUGAGAUUGAUUUGCAGCCAAAUGAUUUUGGUUCUCAAUCUAUGCCUGUUUCUCCUGAUUCCUAUAAGAAUUCAGGAUCAUCAGGGUCUCAAUCAACUCGGUGUCAUCAGCGUUGUCAUUGGUCUAAAUCCGUCGAGCCACAGCCUUUGCCAUUACCUGAGUUCAAUUCUGUGCCAAAACAAAGUACUAGUGAUGCUAAUUUGCCUACCAGAGUACUCCAAGGGGAUGUUUCAAAUCCUGCUGUUAUAAGGGAUCCUUCUCAUCAAACUCCAGUGGAGAUGGCAAAUCCUGUGCAUAGAAGAUCAUCUACUCCAACUUAUCGUCGUCGACGUUUCAGUCAGGACAAGAAUUCUGAAGGUGUUGAAGAGAACUUCAGGCUUAAUGUCCCUGCUAGAAGUGCUCCAGGCAGUGGUUUUACAAGUCCGAAUCUUAGCCCGAAAAGAUAUAGCAUGGUAGACCUUUUCCAUCCUACAUUUCAUCAGGGAUCAUCACCUUCAGGCACUUCUUCGGAUAGAUGGGUAGGUUAUUCUGCCCAACUUUUGACAGCAAGGGUUACACAAAGUGCUGAUCAUUCUCCCCUUAGUAGCCCGACUCGACAGAAUCCAGUAAACAAAACUUGGAAUCACCAAAAUGUUGCUGUGCAUUCACAUCAUAAAUCACUCCCGGAAAGUCCUGUGGAUUGGCCUGAAGGCAAUAAUGUGCACCCUCUACCACUUCCACCUGGAGUUUCACAACAGCCACAGUUACCUACCACUCAAAACAAUACGGAUAAACCAGAUAUACCAUAUGUAAAAGGCCAAUGGCAAAAGGGGAAACUUUUAGGCCGUGGUACUUAUGGAAGUGUAUAUGAAGCUACUAACCGUGAAACCGGUGCUUUGUGUGCGAUGAAAGAAGUUGAUCUCAAUCCAGAUGAUCCUAAAUCUGCCGAAUGUAUAAAGCAGCUAGAACAGGAAAUAAGAGUUCUCCGACAGUUGAAGCACCAAAAUAUUGUUCAAUAUUACGGCAGUGAAAUAAUGGAAGAUAGCUUUUGCAUAUAUCUGGAAUAUGUUCAUCCAGGAUCAAUUAAUAAGUUUGUCCGGGAUCAUGGUGGAGCUAUGACAGAGUCGAUAGUUCGAAAUUUUACAAGACAUAUAGUAUCAGGGCUGGCUUACUUGCACAGCACUAAGACGAUACACAGGGACAUUAAGGGGGCGAAUUUGCUUGUUGAUGCAUCGGGAAUCGUCAAGCUUGCAGACUUUGGAUUAGCAAAACAUCUGUCGGGUCAUGCAACUGAGCUAUCUCUGAAAGGGAGUCCACACUGGAUGGCUCCAGAGGUAAUGCAGGCUAUGUUACGGAAAGAUGCCAAUCCAGAGCUUGCCUGUGCUAUUGAUAUUUGGAGUCUAGGUUGUACUGUAAUUGAAAUGUUUACUGGACAGCCCCCUUGGAGUGGAUUAGACGGGGUGAAAGCUAUGUUCAGUGCACUAAACAAAUCACCACCUAUACCAGAAACGUUGUCUUCGGAAGGAAAGGAUUUCCUCCGGUGCUGCUUUCAGAGGAAACCUGCAGAUAGAUCAACAGCUUUGAUGCUACUUGAGCAUUCUUUUUUAAGUAAUACUAAUUCGCGUGAACACAGUGCUACUGUUUCAGGUUCCUCAGAAGAUUUUUCGCGGAUGAAGUUACACAGUCCAAAGGAUCUGACAAACCAUAACAUGGAAUCGAAUUCAUCUAGGCACACAAAAUCUCCACAUAACAGUGAAACAAGCUACCAAUCACAUUCUGUAACGUGCGAUAAUGGAGCAACUUCUCACCACUCUCCUCGUUCUACACUCGAGAUACUUCCUUGUAUUUCUUCACCGGAGCUGAACCCUAGUACAUUUGCACCAGCCAAGUCCUCAAAUAGUAUUUUCUCUCCUUGGAACUGAAAAUAGAAGUGCUUAUGUUUUCAAAUGCAAGAAAAUAUAAGUACAUAUAAACGGCUCAGCCUGCUAGUGAUAUUGUCUGCUCUGGACCUAGAUCCGCACGGCUUUUAAACGUGUCACUAGUGUGUAAGACCUGGUUACUUAUAUACCCAACGUCUCACCUAUGUUUUUGACGAUGUGGAACUUCUUAACUUAAGCUGGAGUGUCAGACUUCUGUACAUAUUACAUCAGUUAGAGACUAAAGGGCACAUAGUAGUUGCACUAUAGUAUCCUGUGUACAUUUGACUAUAUUUUUUUGUGAAAAUUGAUGUUUUUUGAGCUAUUAAUGGCUUUUAUAGACUGGAAAUUGAAUCAUGAAAGAUGAAAUUUACUGUAAAUAUUGCAAGUUAGUACAAA